UGGGGUUUGGCCGUUUGGGAUAAAUGUUUUAAGGCCAAUCAAUUUGUUUCCGCAUUCAGGUCGCCGUCGCUUCUUUCCCUCUUGGCUUUUCAUAAUUCGUUAUCCUGCAGUCUUCUCCGGCAACGAUCAAUCGCUGAGGCGGCCAAUCUUUGUAGCCAUUGCAGCUAAUUCUUAUCCCCUGCACUACUGACCCAUUUCUACGGUGCUGGAUUUCUCCAUGAAAGACGAACAUCAACCUGUCAUCCCGGGAUUGCCAGAUGACUUGGCUAUGCGUUGUCUGGCGAAGUUGUCCCACGGAUAUCAUGGGGUUCUUGAAAGCGUCUCACAAAGAUGGAAACAUUUGAUUAGCAGCUCAGACUAUGCACACUAUAAAGCUAAAGAAGGAUGGUGUGGUGAUUGGUUGUUCGUUCUCACCGAGCAGUCCCAAAGGCAGUGGGUUGCCUAUGAUCCUGAUGCAGACAGAUGGCAUCCUCUGCCUAAGAUUUCAGGAGAGUAUGCAGAUUGGCAGCACUUUGGAUUUUCUUGUGUUUGUGUUCAGAACCGGCUCUUAGUGAUUGGGGGAACUCAUGCACAACAGGAUUUGUCAAGUUGCCAAAAGCCUUCGGUAACUAAUCAGGUGCUUCAGUUCGAUCCAUAUAAGAAACAGUGGACUAGUGUUGCAAGAAUGCGGACCCCACGCUCACAGUUCGCUUGCAGUGUUGUUUCUGGGAAGGUUUAUGUAGCAGGGGGUCGCAACUUAUGCUGCACCAGAGGGCUUUCGCUUGCUGAGGUUUAUGAUCCUCUAACCGAUAAAUGGGAGGAAUUGCCUGCUAUGCACAUACCACAAGUGGAUUGUUUAGGCUUGUCAUAUCGAGGCAAGUUCCAUGUUUUAAGUGACCAGGUAGGCCUGUCAGAUGUGAAUACAUCUCAAGUUUUUGAUCCUUCAAACACAACAUGGGCAACGGUGGAGGACGUCUGGCCUUUCUCCCGGGCAAUGCAAUUUGCUGUUCAGGUUAUGGGCGAUGGGCAAGUGUACACAGUUGUCGAUUGGGGUGAGAGCCUCAUUAAGACGAGGGACUCCGAAGAUGGAGAGUGGUAUAAUGUCGGUUCUGUCCCUGCUGUCAUCCUAAAUAACCAUGCACGUGCAUUAGAAGCCUUUGCCUACGGGUUUGCUUCAUUGAGAGGUGAACUAUAUGUGUUGGGGGGAAAGGUUCUCAAGUGGGAAGAAGCAGGAGCUGGGAGGUUUGACAUUGUGCGAUUGGCUCUGGUUAGGGUUUGUGAUCCCAAGGUCAGGCCAUUGAAGUGGAAAGAAACUCGGCCGAUGUGUGGGUUUGCACGUGGCUGUAUACUGGGAUGUGCUUCCUUGGAGCAGGAAGAAUCUGUAUGAUCUAAAGGUAAUUGAACAUAUUUUCACAGCACAGUUCACUCAUACAGCCUGAAUGGACAAUGCACUGAAUAGGUCUUCUGUUAGUUUUUUGGUCUCAACUCUCAACAUGUUUUCUAAUCAUCUGCAUGCUUACUACUAAAUAAUUAUCGAUUAUAAUCCAUUAUACAACCGAGUACGAUGAAAGAACUGAUUUCAAUGUCUCUGCAUGAUUUGCUCUGGGGAAUGCAAUGUGCUUGAGAUAGAAACCUCAAAAGUUAGCAGAUGCUUACUAUAUCUCUUUCAGGUUAUAUUGUCUAGAUGACUGCUACCUCGUUUGCAAGUUACAGUCGAAGGAGUGUGGAAGCCUUCUACAGAUUUCAGGAUGAUGUAUCUGCAAUAUUAUUUCAUGAUCUUUGAGGUGGAUACAAUCAAGACGUGCCACGUCGGCGGCGAGGUGUAUAUUAUGUAUUUCUUCAUGGUGUUUAAGAACCUCGAAACAAAUAACUUAGACUAGAUUGUAUAACUGUCGUUACUGGGCUCACCAUUGACUUCGUCUGCUGAGUCUUGGCUGGAAGUAUGUACCUGUACUACUGUACCAAAAUUCCUGACUGUACCAUAUGUAAGAAAUUUGCAGAAAGGUUGCUUCAGCUCCUAGAUGUGUUCUUAUUUACUCCUAUAGUGUUGUUCAAAUAAUUAAAGAGUGGUGCUUGAAUCAUUUGAAUCGAC